GAUUGGAUGCUGAAAUGAUGCUGUCCGCCAAUCAUAUUCUACCAGAUCACGGCAAAUGAACAGGAAGAAAAGAUGGCGGCGAGAAACGGGAAGAGUGGCUUAUUGGAAAAAUGGAGGAUUGAUGAGAAACCUGUGAAGAUUGACAAGUGGGACGGUGCAGCUGUGAAGAACUCUCUUGAUGAUGGAGCUAAGAAGGUGCUCUUGGAGAAGUAUGGCUACCUAGAGAACUUCAACCUUGUAGACGGCCGUCUCUUCGUUUGCACCAUCUCCUGCCUUUUUGCUAUUGUAGCUUUAAUCUGGGACUACCUCCAUCCGUUUCCCGAGUCCAAGCCAGUCCUGGCAUGCUGUGUUAUAUCAUAUUUCAUUAUGAUGGGAGUUCUGACCCUCUAUACCUCUUACAAAGAGAAGAAUAUUUUCCUGGUCGCCCUUCAGAAGGACCCAGCCGGCAUGGACCCAGAUGACCUCUGGCAGAUCUCCUCCAGUCUCAAAAGGUUUGACGACCAGUACACACUGAGAGUCUCCUUCACGGACGGAAAGACCAAACAGUAUCGGGAGACGGAGUUCACCAAGUCUGUGGGGGCGUUCUUUGACGAGAACGGCACACUUGUGAUGGACCAAUUCGAGAAGGAUGUCUCGAAGCUUCACGACAGCCUGGCAUCAGACAAGAAGUCAAAAUAAUGGGGGAGAGUAGUGUUGUUGCCGGUGCCAGCCUGGCCCUAACCCAGCGUGCCACCAUCGCUGUGGGUUGUACAGUGGUGACGGAUCAGACCUGUUGUGUCUGUGUCUGGGGUUGGCAAUCAGCUAUUACUUUUGCAUAAGUCUGCCUGUGUGCUUUUUUGUUUUUGUUUGUUUGUUUGUUUUUCACCACAUGGUUCUACAUUGGUCCAAUAUUUUCUCCAUAGUCAUAGACCACAGGUUACAAAUUCAGUUUACAUGAAAUACGUUUUAGGUAACUUCCCAACAAUACCCCCCUCAUCCCUACUGCCUGGUGCCCUAGGUUACGGGCCCAAGAGGAGGGGCUUUAUGUGUGUUGGUUUGGAUGGAAGACGGCACACGUCACACGUUACAGUGGACAUCAUGCCUGCCUUGAGCGGACGUCCCAUACAUCACGUUUGUUCUGGGAUGUUUCUUUUUCUUUUCUUUUUUUUUUUUUUUACUGUGAAGAAGCACUUCAGUUCUAUUCCACACAGUGAAAUCGCUUCUCCAAUUUAUUUUUUGUUUGUGUCUGUGUUUUUCAUUUCACACAGAAGGACACAAUGCCUUAUAAAGAGAGUUGAAUGAAUGUCUGGAAUCGUGUUGUCCUCUCACGCUUUGUAAUCUUAACAGCGGACCUGCAUUCUUUUGUCUUGAGAGCCUUACACAGUUUCUCCCAUUACCCAUCCUUCUGUUAAAAUGGGGGAGAAGAAAAAAGAAAAAAAACAAACACACCAAAAAAUCGCUUCUUUUCCUUUUAUGGAUUUUGCUACUAUUGAGGCUCCAAAGGGCAAAAGCUAAAAACAAUUAAAAAAAAAAAAAACAUAAAAAUAAGGGAUUGUAUCUUGUCCCACAACCCUUGUGUUUUCCCCAUGCCUCUUAUUGAUACGUAGUGGGUUUCAGAGAUCUUACUUUAAAGCAGGGAUAAUUGUUUGGUGUUUGUUUUUUAAUAAGGGUAUGAAGCGAACCAGUCAGUUGACCCCCACUCGUGGAGCCCAGCCCCAAUGGGGGUCUCGGUAUUGUUCUCGUUUUCAGUUACACCAUGACACCACAUCAUUUAACUUAUUCUGUAACGGUUAGUUAAAAACACCUGGAUACAGUUUCUUUGUAUUGUACAGUUCAGCUGCCACAGACCACAGACGUCUUUGCAAAGAUUUCUGUUUGUAGAUCUCAAGUUACCUUUAGCCACCUUUAUUGUGCGUGCCAGUUUCUCCCCCAAAAAAAGUAUUAAAAUAAAGUGAAAAGGCAUUUUUAUAUUUGCA